AUGCGCCAGCAUUCGUGGCUCUUCAAAUGGUUGAGUAUAGGCAUAGGACUCCUUCUAUUCAGUGCCUCCAGCUUGUCUCAAGACUCAGAAGACUGGCAGUAUGAGGAAUGCAAGCUGUCCAGAACGGGACCACCUGCCACAAUUGUAGCGAUAGAUGAAGAAAGUCCAAAUGGCACAGUGCUGGUGGAGAAUAUGCAAAUAAAUGGAAGGGCAGAAGACCCAGAUAGAACCAUCUCUUUAUCCCUUCGAGACAACUACAAUCACUGGGUAAUCCUAGAUCCAGUCAAGCAACGGCUAUACCUCAACAGCACGGGAAGAGUCCUGGAUCGAGAUCCGCCUUCUUACAUCCAUUCCAUCGUGGUGCAGGUCCAGUGUACAAAUGAACUGGUCGGCACAGUGAUUUUGCAUGAGGUCCGCAUAGUCGUGAGGGAUCGGAAUGACAACAUCCCUCGCUUCCAGCAUCCUCGCUACUAUGUAGCAGUCAAUGAGCUGACUCCUGUUGGCACCACCAUCUUCUCUGGCUUUACAGGAAAUAAUGGUGCCAUUGACAUUGAUGAUGGCCCCAAUGGACAAAUUGAAUACACCAUUCAGUACAACCCUAAUGAUCCGACAACAAACAGAACGUUCGACAUCCCUCUGACCCUGUCUGGCUCCGUUGUGCUAAGAGAGAGGCUGAAUUAUGAGGAGAUCACACGUUACCUGGUCAUCAUUCAGGCAAAUGAUCGAGCGCCCAAUCCAAGCGAUCGUCUGACAGCCAGCACUACCCUGACAGUGGACGUGCUUGACGGUGAUGAUCUGGGGCCCAUGUUCCUACCCUGCACUCUGGUCGAUAACACACGUGACUGCAAACCCCUCACCUACCGAGCAGUCAUCCUGGAGCUCACAGACCCAAGCCGUGUGAAUCCAGUCAAUGUCACUCCACCCAUCCAAGCUGUGGAUCAGGACCGAAACAUUCAGCCUCCAUCAGAGCGCCCAGGGAUUCUCUACUCUAUCCUCAUUGGGAAACCUGAGUCAUACACGGAGUACUUCUCACUGAACCACACCACUGCAGAGCUGAGACUCCUUAAGCCCAUCAGCAGAGACUUGUACCACCGAUUCGACUUAGUAAUAAAGGCAGAACAGGACAACGGACACCCCCUUCCAGCGUUUGCAAAUCUGCACGUUGAAGUUCUUGAUGAGAACAAUCAGGCUCCAUACUUCCAGGCAAACACGUAUCAUGGCUUCAUCAUUGAAUCUGCUCCAGUGGGCACAACAAUCUCCGCCAACGCCAAUCUCACAAGUCCACUGGCCAUUAUUGCUCUGGACAAUGAUAUUGAGGAGACUAAAGAUCCUAUGCUGCAGAUCUCCCUGGACAACUACAACAGCAUCUUCAGCAUAACACCCCGAGGAAUAACGCGCUACCUGACGCUGCUAAAGCCGGUGGACCGUGAAGAGCAGCAGAGCUACACCUUCACGAUGAUCGCCUCAGAUGGAGUGCAAGAAAGCACUCCAGUGACCAUUAAUAUCACCGUGAUCGAUGCCAACGACAAUACGCCAGCCUUCCCCAAUGUCUCCUACAGUGUCAAUGUUUACACAGACAUGCGGCCUGGGGAAACAGUAUUACUGCUGACAGCUGAUGAUGCUGAUGAAGGACCCAAUGGCUUGGUAAGCUAUCAGAUCCUGGCUGGAGAUCAAGGAGACUUCACCAUCAAUAACCAUACUGGACUGAUCACUGUCAAGCCUGGUGUCAGUCUGCUGGUUGGGCGCUCCUAUGCACUCACCGUGAGGGCCACAGACAAUGGCCCCCCAACUCAGAGGAGGAGCUCUAUUACCACAGUAUACAUCGAUAUUGUCCCACCCAACAACCAGAGCCCACCGCGCUUCCCACAAUUCCUAUACAACUUGGAGGUGAGCGAGGCUAUGAGAACAGGAGCCACAGUGCUCAACCUGCAGGCAUCAGACCGCGAAAGAGAUCCCAUUACAUACUCCAUCCAGAGUGGCGAUUCUCACAACAUCUUUGAAAUCUUACAAGAGACCGGAGUGCUGGUCCUACGGAAAAUGCUGGACAGGGAGAUUGUUGAUCGUUACACCCUCACUAUCACUGCCUCUGACGGGAAACAUGAAGAGACCUCCACAGCCACAGUGAAUAUUGUGGUCACAGAUGUCAACGAUAAUGACCCCAUUUUUGAUCCCGUUUUGCCCCAAAAUCUCACGGUUCGAGAGGAAGAGACGAAUGCUUUUGUGGGUCAAGUAAAGGCCAGUGAUCCAGACAUGAGUGUGAACGGGCAGGUUCAUUAUCGGUUGGUCAACCACGCUGAGCUCUUCAGGAUUAAUACCAACGGCACCAUCUUUACUGCUGUACCUCUGGACCGGGAGUUGAGAGGUCACUAUGACCUGGAGGUGGAGGCAUCAGAUGGGGCAGUGGACCCCCGUCGGGCCACCAUCACACUCAGUGUUACUGUGCUUGAUGUGGACGACAACAGCCCAGUGUUUUCUCAGCCUUCCUACAGCAUCAACCUUCCUGAGAACAGCCCUGUAGGAACAGUUAUCUUACAGCUCAGUGCCCGUGAUGCAGACCUGGACACUAACGUCACAUACCGUAUACGAACGGUGGAGGCCAGGCAAUUAUUUGCCGUUAACCCAGUGACAGGAGAGCUGAGGGUCCUACAGGCCCUGGACUUUGAGAAGCUUUCUCCUUCGGAUGCCACGUACAGCUUUGUGGUUGAGGCAAUGGACAGCAAUGGAAGUAUGCCCCCUGGCUUGGCCACUGUCACAGUCACUGUCUUGGAUAUGAACGACUUCUCACCAGUAUUCUCUCAGGCAGUCUACAGGGGAAUGGUGGCACCCAGUGCUCCGAAGGGGACAGUCAUCACAACUGUGCAGGCUGAAGACUCUGACCCCCCGGAUACUCCAGCCAGUCGAGUCCACUAUAAAGUGGACAUAGAGCAGUUUCCCUAUAGUGCCAGCAUCUUUGAUGUGGAUGAGGAGACUGGCAGUGUCUUCACCAAAGUUAACCUCAAUGAGGAGCCUAACACAAAAUUCACUCUAGCUGUUAUGGCUUAUGAUGACGGGGAGCCGGUGAAGUUCAAUAAGAGCCUUGUGGAAAUCACUGUCCUUCAGCCCUCUGUGAUUCCAGUCUUCACUCAAGAGGAAUACAGGUUUCCUCCCAUCAGUGAAAAUGCUCCAAUAGGCAGAGUAGUAGGAAUCAUUCUGGCCUCAGCCAUAAACCAGAGUAUUAUAUACUCCAUCAUAGAAGGAAAUGAAGGAGGUGAAUUUGCACUGAACAACAACACAGGUGUCAUCACUACAACCAAGAUGCUUGAUUACGAGAGCAACAGCAGCUACGUGCUUCGUGUGGAGGCUGACUCCAUGAGGGUGGUCUCCUCUAAUCUUCGUGCCCCCUCCAAAAGCAAUACUGCUAAGGUGUUUAUUGAGGUACAAGAUGAAAAUGAUCAUCCUCCGGUUUUCACGCAACCUCUUUAUCUCGCGGGUGUUUCUGAGGACGCCAAGACAUUCACGUCUGUUCUGCAAGUCCAGGCUCUGGACAAGGACACGGGGAAUUACAGCGCCAUGCAGUACAGACUGAUAAUUCCUCCGACGGCCGACGGCAAGGAUGGCUUUGUGAUUGAGCCUUACACGGGUGUCAUUAAAACCGCCAUUAUGUAUAGGAACAUGCGCCGAUCUUACUUCAAAUUUGAAGUCAUAGCCACAGACAACUAUGGGCAGGGACUAAGCAGCAGUGCACAGGUGGUGGUUUCAGUGGUCAACCAGCUAGAUAUGCAGGUGGUCGUGUCCAAUGCGCCGCCCACUAUGGUGGAACAGAACAAAGAUCAGCUGAUUGGAAUUUUAGAGCGCUAUGUGCAGGACCAGAUCCCAGGGGCCAAAGUGGUUGUUGAGUCCAUAGGACCACGGCGCUUUGGAGAUGGAUAUGAACAGGAGGACUACUCCAAAUCUGACCUAAUGGUGUAUGCCAUCGACCCACUGACUAACAGAGCCCUCUCUCGACAAGAGCUGUUUAAAUUUCUGGAUGGAAAACUGCUGGACAUUAAUAAAGAGUUUCAGCCUUACCUUGGCCGGGGUGGCCGCAUCCUGGAGAUCAGAACACCUGACGUGGUGGAAAGCGUCAAGAAAGCCGUCCAGUCGGUGGGAUACACAGAAGGGGCACUCUUGGCUUUGGCCAUAAUCAUCAUCCUUUGCUGCAUUCCAGCAAUCCUCAUCGUCAUUAUCACCUACAAACAGUUCAAAGAGCGACAGGCGGAAUGUGCCAAAACCGCCAGGAUCCAAAUGGCUCUGCCAGCUGGCAAACCUGGAGGAGCUACUACCAGCAAUCUUUACGAGGAACUGGGCGACAGUACCAUACCUAAAACUAAGAGAUGUGUGCUAGAGGAGGGUGAUCGACAGAGACUCAUUAGUAAGUUCGCCUCACGUGCCAUUGCCGCUCACAAGCAGUCCAGCGCGAAUGGUAUACUGCUCAACAAUUUGCCCAAGUCCGAGAGCAACAUCACGUUCCUCUCUGACGAGAACCCAAUUACUACCACCAACCCCCUGUAUGAUGAGGGCACGCUCAGCAGCCCGGAUCACUUUGGGAGAUCCUCCAGGAGACAGGGCCUGCUGGGCUCGCACCCCACUCUAAGACGGGGUCUGAAGGAUUCCAUCCUGGGUCACUCGUGGACGCUGCCCUCCAGACUGCACAAGAGGGACAUGUAUGAUGCUCUGCGCAGACAGGUGGUGAUGGACCCGGUCCAGUGGGAACUGCAGCUGCUGAAGACGGAGAUGAAGGACAGUAAGGAGCAGUUGGACGGGCUGGACGGGCUUGAGGACCUGGGCAGUGAGACUGUGGAGCCCAAGCUGACGGUGAAGGAACAGGCCAGACAGUUUGAGCAGCAGGCACUGCAAGAGAUGAGACAGAGGCAGAGUCGUGAUUCGAGGGGCUCGCUCUCUCCUGACUACCUGCUCUCCCUGUUUGAGCCUCCCCAGCCGUCCGGAUCUUCCAUGUCUAGAGACGGACCCCCCGCCAUCAUCAUCACCCAGAGUGACGGCACUCCCCCACCCAGCCACAAGCCCACUCCGCCGGUACUGCGCAAGUUCAACAGCAGCUUGUCCAACUAUUUGGAUGCUGAGUCCUAUGAAAUCAACCUGGAGAUCAUCCCAGACCCCCCUGACGUGCCCGCUCCUCCUCCUCCUCCGCCGCCUUCCCCCCCUCCACCUCCCCCUUCCUCCACUCCACCCCUUUCUCCCACUCCACCUCCGCAUCCUCCCCCUCCACCCCCACCUCCACUACCCCCCUCCGCCUCUCCAGUGUCCCCACGCCCGCAUACUGCCUCUCCAUUCGUCCUCCCCCCUUUACCUUCGGUAUCAACCCUCCGUCCAGUGUCCUUACGUCCAACCCCACCACCCCCACCAGCGGAGCCAGAGGCUCCGAGGAAGGAACUGAAAGGGAUACUUAAGAAUAUCCAGAACAUAGCAGACAUAGAGAAAUCUGUUGCCAAUAUGUACAGUCAAAUAGACAAAAAGCAGAGGCUACCGAAGAUCGUCCCUAACCCACAAGUGUCUGUGGAAUCAGAGAGCAGUGAGACAGGGCCAGCUGAACCCGUGACAGAGACAAUACAGCAGCCCAACCAAAAUAUGAGUUCUAUUGUAGAGGAACUGGAGAAGCGCUUCCCCUCUCAGUCCACUAUUUUGUGA